CAACGAGUUACCGUAGUGUUUGGUGUGACGGCGUACACGGGCGGCGUCGGAGAUCGGGACAGUGAAUGGACUAUGUUAUGAGACAGCAGGAAAAUAACACGAUCCGUGUGUGUGUGCGUAUGUAGGCAGAUCUGGGGUGUAGCGGAUGAGCCAGAUACACAGACUCCAGGGAGCCCCGGUCCACAAUGCCAGAAUCGGCCCUCGAACACCAGAACACUGCCGGCAGCGCUGUCGUAUAUAGGAUGUCUCCCCUGGGCCAUUUCAGCCAAUCAGAGGCUCCCUCUCUAUCCGGGCACAGGAGCCCCUUCGUGCUCACCUCGUUCUGCACCGAGGACAACGUCCUAGAAUGUCGCUCGUACAUCAAUCAGGAGGUGUCGUCUUUGGGCCUGCGCGCCGUGUGGACCCCGACCGACGGGCCAGCGGAGCUCAACGUGGUGGCGGUGCUCAACAGCCUGUACGAGCUGAUCCAGCUGCACCGCCAGGGCCUGAGAGCACUGGACGACAUGGAGGUGGAGCGGCAACGCUCGGCCAGCAACACAGAGCUCCUGCAGCUCAGCAACACCCGCCUUAAGGGCCAGCUGGAACUUUCUAAAAGAGAAAACACAUCUCUGCUGGAGAAAGAGCGUCAGCUGCAACUUAAAGUGAAGAACUUACAGAGUUGCCUAAAAAAUGAAAAAGAAGAGGUCCAAAGACUCCAAAACAUAAUUGCUAGUCGGGCGAGUCAGUACAAUCAUGACAUGAAGAGGAAGGAGCGAGAGUUUGGCAAACUGAAGGAACGCUUGAAUCAGCUCCUUGUCGACAAAAAGGAGAAGAAACAAGCAAUGGAAGUGUUAAAUUACGUUGAACGCGCUGACGGGAAACGAAGCAUGUGGAAAACUGGGAGGACAGAGGCCAGGCACGAAGGGGAGGUGUACCGCACCCUGCUGAGCGACUACGACGCCCGUCAGAGGGAGCUGGUGCUGGAGAACUCGGAGCAGCGGAAGGUCCUGCAGCAGAUGAAGAGGGACAUGGUCUCCCUGCUGCGUGGCUCCAAGCCCGCCAGGCGAGAAGAGACGCCUGGCGACCCGCAAACACAGGGAGAUUCGGAGGACUCAGAGGAGGUGUUUGAGUCGUCUUGCGUGGACGCCAGGGAGAAGCUGACCAACAGUAUUCGCCUGAAGUGGAGGAAACUCAAGAGCCACAUGGAGAGACUGGACAGCCAAGCGUCUUUGGUGCAGGCUGGGGAGGGCGCCGAGCCUGAUGCCGUCCCUCUGGAGACCCACGGGCAGGAGAUGGAGCGGCUGAAGCUGGAGAUCCAGCAGUGCAAAGACUUCAUUCACAGCCAGCAGCAGCUACUGCAGCAGCGGCUGACUUCCCCGUGUGAGGAGGAGGAGGCAGCCGCGAUACCACCCGGCAGUCCCAUGCAGGGGGAGGGAGGGAGGCCGGGGGAGAGGGGGAGGCUUGGGGAAGACUGGAGGGCUCUGGAGGAACAGAGGACCCACUUUGAGAAGGAGAGGAAGACCUUCACCGAGGCAGCCAUACGGUUGAGCCACGAGCGAAUGAUGUUCGAGGAGGACCGCGCCACGUGGCUCAAGCACCAGUUCCUACACUGGACUCCCUUCACCGACCAGAACCAACCCGAGAUGACUGAAGGCGAGCAGGAGGCUGCGUCAGUCUUCUCCCCAGAAUGCUUGCCUGGAUCCCCGUCCCCUGAGACCUCUUCCUCACCUAGAUGCCAAGCUCUCCAGACCCAGUCCACAGCAGACCCUUACCGCAGUCUUCCUCCCUCCCCGGAAAGCAGCCACAGCCCGACCCAACCAAUCACAAUCAACGGCUGCAUAGGAGAACUGCCGAUUGGUUCUAGCGGGGGAACGGCCACCGUGCGCACACAGUUGACCAGCUGAAAUAAAGCUUACGAAUAAAUGAGUUAAUCACAAGAAACCGGCUUGGGAUGCAGAGACAGAGGACUCAAUGAUUGUGCAUUAAUUUCCCACGUAACAGCAGCUUACAAUGAUGAAGAACCGUGCGGCAUUGUACUCGCACACCCAGAUAGGGAAGGCCAGCGCUUGAAGACAACUCGUCACGCAGUUGGUCGAAAGUAAUGAAGCAGUUGCUCAAUCAAUCAUUUACAAUCAAUUAAUCAAUCAAUCAAUCAAUCAAUCAAUCAAUCACAGACACAACGCAACAGGAGCUCUGAGUCUAAAUAACAGAGAUACAUCUGUGAAGUAGAUCUAAAAAAACAAACUAACAUGAUUGACCACAGAUGAAGGAGCCAAAGGAAAUGGUUAAGCACAGCGCCCUGGUGUUUUGGACAUGGGUUCAGCCUCGAUCAAUACUUAUUAAUUAACUUAUUUUCAAUGUGAUUCCAAAGUAUUUUUAAGUCUGUUGUGUUUCAUUUGUAUUUUCUAUUCUUUUUUAUGGUAAUGUCAAUGUUUUUUACUUUCACUUUGGCAGUGUGUGAGCGGUACACCACCAUUGCACGCAACUCCAAUUGAGUCAUUGUUUACAUGGAAGUGUUGUCAUAAUUUGGGGUUCAUCAGCUAAAUGUCUCUUUUGAUUUUGUGUCAUAUGAAUAAUUGUCUAAAUAUAUUUAGGAUGGAUUGAGAUGCUGCUGUUUAAAUCAAAUCAUUUAAUAUAAUGUUCAUAACACCUUAGUAUCAAAUAUUGAGUAGCUAAUUGUAUUUUCUAUUGCAUUGGGCCUAAUGGAACACCAAUGCAAUAAGUGGACGCAUGGGCAGGUGGCUUUGUUGAGGCCCAGAGAGUCAAGAAUGUUAAAGCACCAACAAUGUUAGUGAAGCAUGUUGAAAGCUACCCAUACAGUAUCUUUGUUCACCAUCUUCUUUGUCCAGGUAACAAAUGGACAAUUUGUGUUCUUGUCCGUACAUUUUGUUUUCAAAUUGAAUAGACUCUUUAAGGAGGAUAAAGAAAGGUAGAGCUGUUCUCAAUAAAUGUUAACUAGUGAUUUUACAACUUUGAUGAAUGUGUUUUAUGAAAGGAAUAAGUCAGAAAAGAGGCAACUAUUUUAGUCUCAAAAAAGGAGUGUUAAGCAAUAAGUAAAUAAACAAUUUAAAUCCCAAAUAUUUAUUUUCUGUUAAAAUAAUUAAAAGUACAUCACUAAUACCGGACAAAAGGGAUAUUUGUGGAACCGUUUUUAUCAUUGCUCUUUGACAUUACAUU